GGAUCAUAUGACCUGUAAUAGGAUAUGACCUGUUACUGGUAAGAUAGACCCAACGGUCUAUAUGAAUUCGGUGGUGCUCCACUUGGACCCUCCGUGUCGGCACGUCACGGCGCCGGUUGAAGCGCGCCGGUAUGUCCGCCACAUGAUGGCGCAGAAGAAGGACAGCUUGGUAGGCUUGGUGUGAGCCCUGGAAGGCUUUCUUGGUUCAUCAUCAUAUAUAUAUAUGUUAUAGUAUAUAACAUAUUAUGGCAGGUCCGACUAUGGUUCAAUGUGAGUCACUGAUUUUCAUCAGUAGAUCCUGUAUCGGUGGGUGCCAGGAACUUUUACACUCAGAACUACUUUUAAAUGUGUUUGCAGCUCGAUGUUUCCUUUUUGCAACUGCACUGGCAUCGUGAUGGAUGAGUUGCAACAAGUGAAACUAGUGAAACGCCUGGCUGAAACUAGUGAAAUGAAACUCAUCUAUAGAACCUCCGUCGCGAGCAGUGCAAGCAGUGCAAACCCUAAAUCUACAGCGUAACUCUAUCAUCGCGUCAUGACGGGGCCGGGUCUCAGCCCGAAAAAAGGCUCGAGUCGCUGUUCGUUCGAACGUCAUGACGAGGCCUCGCAAUGGCAUCGGCUCGCUGUUGCUGCAGGGGCCCAUGUGGUGGUGUUCCCUUUUGGUGGCUGGCGAGGCCUCCGGGCUGCUGCUGCGAGAGCUCGGCCCGCCGCGGGACUUCCCCAGCGCGCGGUCGGUGGCGGUGGCCUCAGUGGCUUGGUUGCUCCUUUUGGCCUCCUUGGCAUGCUCAGUGAAUUGGAGCCGCUGCUGCUCAGGCUACCGUCGCUGGCAGCAGAGGAACUCGACCUUUGUGCUUGCACUCACGGCGCCGGAUCCAUGAUGCGCUAAACAAAAAGGGGCGCCGUUUUCGCCGGUCGUUUUGGUCCCAAAAGACAGCGCGCAUCAUCAUCCCAAAUGGCUCCUGGCCGACAGGGCUCCUCAAAGGCUCCUAGGCUCCGAUCGAUCCAUGACUCGUGGGUUUGCAAGAUCUGAUCAGGUUCACAAAACAGAUACAGUACCUUUUCAAACAUAGUAACCAUCCAGAGGAGACUUCGGGGAGAGCCACUCAGUGUAGAUUGUCAGUAGUGAUUGUCAGUAUAUUCAAGAAUGAUCUAUCGCAUUAAAAUACAUUUCAAACACAACCAUUCUGACAACCCUCACACAACUCCGUUUUCAGUGUGUGAUGGCAUUAAUGCAUUUAUAUAUUCAUAUCCCUAGUUUGGAUGUUGACAGACUUCGCAACCAACCAGAUUUUGCAGCAUCAACUGGCAAGGUUAGACAUCAUGAUGUUUCCUCCCUAAAUGCUCUAUGGGAAGUGUGUCACAGGUCUGGCGAGCCCAAUCUCCUGUUGCUCCGGUGCAGGCAAACCUGGCACGGCGCAUUUCUGGAGAAGGAUGGCAGGGACUCAAAGAUGCAGCCGGAGGACCAGACGGUCCCAGCUCCACAGGUGGUGCCACCUGCGCAGCCGGUGGAUUUUUCCACCAUGGACUCGGUGGUGAAGUCCUCGCACCGGGCCAUGAUUUUAAAGGCAGAAUGGCAGAUGGAACCCCCAGCACCACCGAUGGAGGUCGCUGGGAGUCAGCCCGCGAGUUAUAGCGAAGCGCCAGGCCACUCACGGGGAGGUGCUGGCUAUAAGUCAGCCAUGCAGUUGCUGAUGGAAGCCAGAGCCGGCGAGGGCAGAUCUGCUGCGCAUUCGUCCGCCUUGCAGCUGUUGCGGGAAGCCGCUGCUGCCCCACGGCGCGGCGCCCGGCGCCGACCUCGACCAGCUCGCGCCCAACGGCGGAAGGAGCCAGGUCCAAAGGUGGAGCCGUUGCCAGUGCUGGAGCAUUAUUACAUCCACAAGCACAUCCAUCGACAUCACCAGCAGGUGGUCGGCAGCCGUGAGGAAGCGCUGCGCGCAGCUGAAGAGAUGAGAAAUGCCACGGAGGCCUCCUUGCAGCGAACGUUUAAGCCCAGAUCACGGCCGCAGGAGGUCUCACGGUCCACGUCCCUCCCAGUGCUCUCUUCUUCGAGGUGAGUGCAGUUUUCGAGGUGACAUGAGGUGACCAUGUACAGACCAUCCUAGAAGGCGGCGCCCAAACGGGGCCGCCCGAAGGACACGUGUGUUGAGUUUCCCUGGGCGAGGAGAAA